CUCUUUAACUUUACCGCAUUUUCCCACCACAUUCUCUCUCUCCACUCGCUACCUCUUCGGUUUGCCCUAGUCUCCGGAAUUCAAUUUUUGGUGGCAAAUCGAUCGAAACCAACGGGAUUGAUUAAUCUCGUCUGUCGCUACGCCGCACUGAGAUUUCGUCGGCCGCCAGCCAAUGCCUUUGCCCUGGAAAGAUCUCCUUCGCUGAGGAACUCGAACUGUAUGUAAAAGACCUGCUGUUAAUAGUGUUUGAGGCUGACGUAUGGCGAUGGUUGCUCCACCCGGUUCUCUACCUCCUGCAUCUCUGAAGAUUGGUGGUGGGACGGCAACAGUCAAGAGAAAGACACCAUCUCAACUGAGAGGAGAGCAGCGGAUGAAUGCUGUGGAGAUAAGCGAUGAAUCUCCUGCUCCCUUGCUUGGUUCUACAAAUGAAGCAGAAAAUGGGCUAAAGAAACAAGAACUGUCAAGGAAUCCUCGAUACAUUGACAUUCGUAUGGAUGAAGUAUACCCUGCAAAAAAAUCUAGGUUCAAGAUACUUAAUGCUAAGGAAAGUAUUUCAAUGGAGAAACUUAGCAGUGUGAAGAAUCUUUCUUUGCUCUCUAAUUUGGCUUCGAAGAGGAAACAACAACUUUCUGGUUCCCAAAAUGUAGCUUCUGCUGAACAUACCAAAGAAGGCACGUCAAAAGUUUAUCGAACUAUUGAAAAGUGUAGUCAAGCUACUUUCUGUAGUGUUACUGAGCUUUCAUCAGGCGGUGACAGAUUGUCGGGCUUUGCAGCUGUCGAUGUGGAUAAAGCAUUAAAAGGAAUAGAUGCCCAGGAAUCUACAAUUGGCUUACCUGCUUAUAUUUCUGAAAGAAGUGGUGAUCCUACAUCAACUUGUUUAGGCGACUUUUGCUUGCCUGGUGGAAAGGUUCCUCUGGAUUUUACUUUGAAAACUAGUAUGCGGGUGGUGUCCUCUUCCCCAGUGAAAUGGAUUCAUAGGGCAAUAGCGUGCGGUGCCUACACUAGUAUGCCCAAUCUCAAGUUCCAAUCCGAUUGUUAUCAGGAUCAAAAUAUGAGCCGUGGCUCAGGGCUCACAUUGAAUUCCAAAGUCAUUAUUUCAGAACAAUUAUAUUCCUGGGUUUACCCUCAAUCUACCUUACCGCCUUCUCUCAUACAAGUUUUGACAUCAUCAACAGCUGAGGGAGUGGAAACAGAUUUCUUGAGAAAACGACAGGUAGCAUGGGAUGACUCAUUUCAGAGUCUAUACUACAUGCUUCGUAAUGGUACCUGUGAUAUCUUUUAUGUGUGUACCCCAUAUUUUGUGGUAAUGUUCACGGCUUGUAAUGUCUCGGUGGGCUCGAAACGCAUCAGCAAUGCUUAUAUCUCCCAAUCAACAAGAGCCAUACGAUCAUUGUUAAGAGAGCAUGAUGUUUCUUUCACUAUGCCUCUUUGCCGUUCGAAAGUAGAGCAAGUCACUCCUGAUGUUCUUGUUGAGCUCUCAGAGAUGGAGAAGCAGAAUUUCGGCCAGACUCGGCGCUUGAGUUCCUCUUCUGAUAUAGAUAAUAACCCGGAAUCAUUGCUAGUUUUCAGUGGCAAUAAAAAUGUACAUGGAGUGUUUGAUAUUUUGUUAAAUUAUAGAUCGUUGUUGACUGCUUUAAUGGUAAUGGAUGUCCCUAUAUUAUAUUCACCUGUGCCGUUUCAGAGUGCUGCCAUUUCUUCUCCAGAGAUUAAAUGCACGGAAUUGAAAAGAGCAGACCAUAUUGUUGCUCCUAAGAAAACCACCGCAAAAGAUGGAUCCAUGCAAGGCUUAUCCGCUGGUCUCUGCUCUAGUGUUGAAAUUAAGGAUCCAUAUCUUCCACCAUGGAUUAUUUGCAGCCUACUUGCCCUUCUGGGCUCUGAAGAGAGAAGCUUCGAGGCGAGCUUUAUGAACGAACCUUCAUCAAUCGGGUUGAAUGUUGCUGUAGAAGCAGUUCCUGAGAAAUCUGAUCGUCCUGAUGCGGCAGCUGAAGACUUACAAAAAAGCACCUCUGCUUUUGGUAUUCCCGGAGCCAUUGUUAUGCCUCAGUUGCGUUUGGGUUUCUUGAAAACUUUGAAGUUCUCAAAUGGUUCUUAUUCAGCUUCCCUUUCUCCUACCUUAGAAGCUGAAUAGAAAUACAAUCGUAUAUUUCGCCAUAACGAUGGUUGAUAUCAUUCUUUGAUUCAACUAAUUCUCUGUACUUUAAUUUGGUACAUGAUCUAUUCUUGAACCGCCUUGUGAAAUUUGCUUUACCAGUUUGAUACUGAAUGGUUUUAUUGACAAAACUCAUGAGAAAUCUGCCUACUAUUUGAAUGUUUUACUAGUUAUUCUCCA